AAUAACUUCCUGUUUACGAUGGCGUUCGAACAACUGCAGCAUGUGAGCCCGCCCCUUCACAUUCACGUCAAAAUGGCGGCGGAGCGGUGUGAUUCUGUGAACAUGGAUCCUGACAUCGAAUUCCUCAGCGACGAUGAACUGGAACGGGAAGCAGAUGGCUACAAAGAGCAAGGCAACGCUUUCUACAUCCAGAAGGAUUAUGCAGAAGCCUUCAAUUAUUACACCAAGGCCAUCGACAUGUGUCCAAAGAACGCCAGUUACUACGGCAAUCGAGCGGCCACGCUGAUGAUGCUGUGUCGGUACCGCGAGGCUUUGGAGGAUUCCCAGCAAGCAGUGAGGCUGGACAAUUCCUUCAUGAAGGGUCAUCUGCGAGAGGGGAAGUGCCAUCUGUCCCUCGGCAACGCUAUGGCGGCGUCGCGCUGCUUCCAGAAGGUCCUAGAGUUGGAGCCAGACAAUAGCCAAGCCCGGCAGGAGCUCAAGAGCGCCGAGUCCAUCCUGGAAUACGAGCGGAUGGCAGAGAUCGGCUUCGACAAGAGAGACUACCGCAUGGUGGUCUUCUGCAUGGACCGAGCUUUGGAAUCAGCCUCGGCAUGCCAUCGGUUCAAGAUACUGAAAGCCGAGUGCUUGGCCCUGCUGGGACGCUACCCGGAAGCUCAGUCCGUGGCGAGUGACAUUUUAAGAAUGGACUCCACCAACGCAGAUGCGCUGUACGUACGCGGCCUUUGUCUGUACUACGAGGACUGCAUCGACAAGGCAGUCCAGUUCUUCGUGCAGGCCCUGCGCAUGGCUCCGGACCACGAGAAAGCGCGGCUUGCCUGCAGAAACGCCAAAGCGCUGAAGGCCAAGAAGGAGGAGGGCAACAAGGCCUUCAAGGAGGGCAGCUUUGACGUCGCCUACGUGCUCUACUCGGAGGCGCUGACAAUAGACCCCAACAACAUCAAGACCAACGCCAAGCUGUACUGUAACAGAGCCACUGUGGGUUCCAAGCUGAAGAAAGUGGAGCAGGCCAUUGAAGACUGUACAAACGCCAUUAAGCUGGACGAGACCUACAUCAAGGCCUAUUUGCGACGAGCGCAAUGCUACAUGGACACGGAGCAGUACGAAGAGGCGGUUCGUGACUACGAGAAAGUCUACAAGACAGAGAAGACAAAAGAGCACAAGCACCUACUAGAACACGCACAGCUGGAGCUGAAGAAAAGCAAGCGAAAAGACUACUACAAGGUGCUCGGCGUGGACAAGAACUCCACAGAGGAGGAGAUCAAGAAGGCGUACCGCAAACGGGCGCUUUUACAUCACCCAGAUCGCCACAGCAGCGCUAGCGCGGAGGUGCAAAAGGAAGAGGAGAGGAAGUUCAAGGAGGUGGGCGAGGCCUUCAGCGUAUUGUCGGACCCCAAGAAGAAGUCGCGCUACGACAGUGGACAGGACCUGGAGGACGAGGGCAUGAACAUGGGUGAUUUCGACGCCAACAACAUUUUCAAGGCGUUCUUUGGCGGUCCGGGAGGUUUUAGUUUUGAAGCUUCCGGGCCAGGGAAUUUCUUCUUCCAGUUCGGUUAAGUGCUCUGCUCUCCCGCUAGUCCGGGACUUCGUCAGGACUUGUUGACGCACGCCACCCCUCUCCCCACUGACCCCGCCGUCCGUAUCCUUGAGCAGAUACGGAUCCUUGUCAUCUCCGCCAUCGACUCAAUGCAACCACACGUACAGACACGCACCAACCAAACACAAACUUGCCGUACAUGGAAGACAUUUGAAGUGAACGUUGUGCAGCUACUGGUACUUUUUAUUAUUUUUUUUGAAGGGGUCCAUGCGGGAAGAAAAGACUACUUCCCCGCUCUGCAUGAAACUGCAAAUGCCAUUUUCUGAUUUGAAGUAUCUGAUAGGGACGGUCGUGAAAUGGCAUCCAAGCCAGUGGGAGUGGCCAUCGUGUGUCUGAAAUAAACACUUUUUAUAUUUGACGUUGCCAUCCACAGAUCGGUGCGUUGCACAUGUGACUGGAAUGUAUCAUUUUGGUUUGUGAUUAGUUUGUUGUUUUUUUUUGUUUUGUUUUCGCAUCAUAUUUUGAUAUUUAUUGUCUUUUUUCUUUUUCACCGCGCCAGUCACAGCUGCUUAUCCAAGCAACAAAACCCGUGGAAAAUAGAACUUUCUGACCAUUAAAAUGCAACACAACACAACAAGGAUGGGAACAUGUUCAGAAUGUUGUCUAUGGGACGGGUCCAGACAUACUUCUUGUAGACGUUGAUGAGGUGAGAGAAAUCAGGGCGUCCUCGCCUAUAGUGUCAUUGUGCCACCUUCCUGUUUUUAUCAACCGUGUCAAUAAAGUCGAGGCCUCAUCUGUC